AUAUCAGUAAAGCAGCAUUCAGUUGACUAGCGACAACCUAACGAAUACGAAUACAAAUCCGAAUAACUUGUACUUUCAGUGUGUGACUAAUUUAAACAAACGCCAGAAAUAAAAGAAAUUAGAAUGGUAUCUGUGGAAACAAUUGGUUCGAUUUUCAUCAAAGGUCUUAAGCUGAUCAUCAAUUUGGUGAUCAUCUGCCUAUAUCGGUGGGGAGAUGGCGGCGAAUUCCUUGGCAUUGGCGGCACAUGGAACCUCAACGAGGAGAAGAGCGCCGAUGCAGAAAUCGUUGCAUCCGGUGUGAUGGUCGGCUUCCUCAUCUACACUGGCUGCCACACAAUUGCCUAUCUCUUUGGCACCACCAAGCACAAGGGGGAACUGUGUGACACCAUCAUGAAUGUGGUGGGCACUAUCAUGUGGAUCGCUGUCGGCGGUGUGGCGCUGCAUUACUGGAAGGGCUACAUGUCCGAUGAGGGAUUCCUGUAUGUCAAUUCGGAGCGACAGGUGGGCAUUGCCAUGGGCUCGCUGUGCGUCAUCGAGGGUGCACUCUAUCUACUGGAUACUGUAUUGGCUUGCAUACACUAUUCCAAGGGCGACACCGACUACACAAAAUAAUCGAGGCAGCUUGUACAAAUAAUAUUCGAUUAGUUUCAAAAAUGAAGAGCGCCGCUGUGGCAACUGCCGAAUAACUGACAACUUUAUAUAAAACAUACAUACAUAACUAUGUACAUUCAGUUAACUCUAAGUGCAAAUUAGUUCUUAACCCACUUAUCAAGCCACUUGUGUAUGAAUCGUUUAUCAUUUUAUAAUUACACACAAACCAACAAACACAUACACACACACACACACACACUAAUUAUUCAAGGGCCGUACUCUAUCCAUCUAUUAUUUACACUAACAAUCCCAUUAUUUUUUUGUAACUGUGCUCCAGCAUUACACUUUGGCAAAUACAAAUUGUUAAGAUCAAAAA